UCAAACUCGGCCGCUCUCUCCAGCUCCCACACACCACCAUCUCCACGUUGCUAUCUGCGCAUAGCCACCUCCUGAUAUCUCAACCUAUCAGCCCCGCAUCACUCUUACAACACACUCCUCAACAUGCAAAUCUUCGUCAAGACGCUCACCGGCAAGACCAUCACUCUCGAGGUGGAGAGCUCGGAUACCAUUGACAAUGUCAAAGCCAAGAUCCAAGACAAAGAGGGCAUUCCUCCCGACCAACAGCGUCUAAUUUUUGCCGGAAAGCAGCUCGAGGAUGGCAGAACUUUGUCCGACUACAACAUUCAGAAAGAAAGCACCUUGCACCUCGUCCUGCGUCUUCGCGGAGGUAUGCAAAUCUUUGUGAAGACCUUGACUGGCAAGACCAUUACGCUCGAGGUCGAGAGCUCGGACACUAUCGAUAAUGUCAAGGCCAAGAUUCAGGACAAGGAGGGCAUUCCUCCUGAUCAACAAAGAUUGAUCUUUGCGGGCAAGCAGCUGGAGGAUGGAAGGACCCUGUCGGAUUACAACAUUCAGAAGGAAUCCACUCUCCACCUCGUGUUGCGCUUGCGUGGCGGUGGCAAGCAAAGAUGCAAAGCGGGCGCAGGCACCGAGGGACAGUGCAAAGACGCUGCUAUGCGUCUGGCUGGAACUUGCCCACACUGCACCCUUGCGUUCUGUGGCAAGCACAGGUUACCAGAGACGCACGCUUGCUCCGAGCAAGAAAGUGUGAGGAGCAAAGCCUUUGAUCUCAACAAGGCGAAGCUGGAAGCGGAACGAACUCAGACGAACAGGGGUCUUGCUCACUGAGCGUCCACUCCGUGGAUUCUCUCGGCAUGCCAUACUUCUGCACAUGAUUCUGUUCGCCAUCUGUUUUCCUUUCAAGCCCCUGAUUCCAAUCGCCCUCACAUCUCUCACGUCACGUUCCACGCCACCUUCCAACUUCGAGCGCUGAAAGCUCUCCCCUAGAUUCAUUCUUGUCCUUUUCGUCUUGCCCUUAUCGUGUCUCAACAUAACCCCAUAUCCCCAUCAGCACUAAGCCAAUCAAUGUAUUACGUCUUUU